CCUCCCAGCCACCACUCCCCGCCUCAAACCCCCCCCCCCCCAUACAAUACAAGAUCUUCCUUCCUCAGUUCCCUUAAAUCACAACUGAGUGAAAUCUCAGAGCCUUCAUCCAGCCACCGGCCAGCAUGUCUGGGGGCAAAUACGUAGACUCCGAGGGACAACUCUACACACUUCCCAUCCGGGAACAGGGCAACAUUUACAAGCCCAACAACAAGGUAAUGGCAGAGGAGAUGAACGAAAAGCAAAUGUACGACGCACACACCAAGGAGAUCGAUCUGGUCAAUCGGGAUCCCAAGCAUCUCAAUGACGACGUAGUCAAGAUUGAUUUUGAAGAUGUGAUUGCAGAACCAGAAGGGACACACAGUUUUGACGGCGUCUGGAAAGCCAGCUUCACCACUUUCACUGUGACGAAAUACUGGUUUUACCGCUUACUGUCUUCCCUCGUUGGCAUUCCAGUCGCACUCAUCUGGGGCAUUUACUUUGCCAUUCUGUCUUUCCUAUACAUCUGGGCAGUUGUACCAUGCAUUAAGAGUUUCCUGAUUAAGAUUCAGUGCAUCAGUCGUAUCUAUUCUAUCUGCAUCCACACCUUCUGUGACCCACUCUAUGAGGCUAUUGGCAAAAUAUUCAGCAAUAUCCGCAUCAGUAUGCAGAAAGAAAUAUAAAGGACAUUUCAAGGAAAGAAGUACAACAGAUAUUUUUUUAUCCUCUUGAUUUUAUUGGUUCCAAUUUCAAGUUUUGAGUUGCUAGUACAGCAACAGUAUAUGGAUAAAUUAUAUUGGUUCAGAACAAAGUAAUCCUUCAGUUUUCAUAUUAUUUGACUUUUCUGAGCUUUUUCAUCUAUUAUUUGGAGAUCUGAAUUUUUAAACCAUUAAAUUUUUUCUUAUGUUUUUAUUUGCAUGUGGAUUAUUUUAUUUGCAUAUGCAGUUUCAGAGACGUGGACAUAGAGAAAUAUGAUGAAUAGGGGUGAGGGGAUAAAGGAAAACUCCAACUGCUGUUCUAAAAUGUCAAUCAUUUCACAGUAAGUGGAAUCCCAGGCUAUGACGAUUGAAUGUACAAUCAUCAUAGGCUUUGGGCAAACCAUUAUGCAGGGAAGAUUUUAAGCAAACUCUUCCCCCGCCCUUUCUGAAGUGUUAGGUUAUUGGUGUUGCUCACUUAAUUAAUUAUUCCCUGUGCUCUAGUAAUCCUCAAUUUAGAAAUCAGUCAUCUGUAUUCACAUGAAUCUGACUAAUGCCAUCCCUUUCUGGAAAUGUUAUCCUGCGAUAUUUUCUGUGCCUGAAUAUUUGUUACAUACAGAAUGAAUCCUAAGUGCCUGUGCUUCACAUUUUUCUUCUCUAAGAGGGUCCAAGUCAUUAGACCAGUAGCUCCUCCCACCCCCACUCUCCAUCCUAAGUACCCGACUCCAAGACCAAAAAGUAGAGAAUCUAUUGCCUACUUCUCCACAUAGCUUGCGACUCUGACAUACAGAGUUGAAUGAAGUUCUUGUCUAUACUUGACCAUCCACAAUUUUUAUGGAUAAUGAAUAUGGUCAGCACCCACCCUAUGAAAUGAAUUAACAUGGAUAAAAGAGGGUAAACAAGCUCUCACUAAACUGGUAGAAGUCCACUGUUCCCUGCCUCUCAUCAGCUGAAUGAGGUCAGCAUGUCUAUUCAGCUUCAUUUAUUUUCAAGAAUAACCACUCUUUCCUGAUUCCAAACUAAUCCAUCACUGGAGUGGUUUAGUAACUGAACAUUGUGUUCCCUUUUCAGCUGAUCAGUGGGCCUCUAGGGAAAGGCUGAUAAAAUGGAAGCUAUUGUGUGAGACUGUCAGAGUUGUUACAAAUGUGACCCCUUCAAAGGAAAGCAUUUGCAACCUUCUGUUAUGCUGUGACACACUGCCCCUCCCCCUGCCAGGAGCUUUGGACCUAAUCUAAACAUCACUUUGAGGGAUUAGGUCCAAAGAAGAUGGGGGAGGAGGCAGUGAGAAAAGACUGAAGUAAUUUUGCUGGAAUACAUCAAAUUCUUCUGAACUCAAACUGAGGAAAUCUACCUGUAAACCUGAGUCAUACAGAAAGGUGCCUGGUACACCCCAUAACUUUUUAUUCCUUCUGCUCAUAUUAUAUUUCUCUUCUUGGGGUUUUCAUUUUUUAACCUUCAUUCGUGCUUUUAUUUUUAUUUUUAUACACAUAUUGGAAUUUUUUUUUGCUGCUUUCUUCCAGUUUUCCUGACACUUAUGGAACCUGUUACCUAUUUUAAUUUUCUUGCAUUUAAAACAGACACUGGCAUAAACAUAGUUUUACUUUUAAACUGUGUGUAUAAAUGCAAAUGUACUUUACUGCAUAUUUUUAAGUGUAAAGAUACUUUUAUCUUUAUAUGAGGAAAAUCACUUGAGAAAUUGCUUGGUGAUUCAGUCUAUAAAGAGUAUAUCCUAAGACAUGUCUGUUCCACAUAGAUGCUUAGUCUCUAGUGAAAAUCAACCUCUGGUCCAAAAGAUUGCUGAAACUUUAUAUGCUUACUGUAUAUUUUACACCUUUUGUUAAUCCUGCAUGUCUUGUAAAGGUUAAAAGUCUGCACAAUAAAAAUAUUUAACAGUUCAA